AUUGAUCAUUCGAUUGAAGCUAUAAUAGUCUGUGUGUAAGGGAAUCAUGGACGCACGUGACCCCGAUGGUAGUUUAUUGUCUCGUGGUAGAUGGAUAUCUCUCUUCACGCAUAAGCAUUCUAAGCGACAUUCUCGGUGUGCAGUAGUCCAUCAUACUGGCUUUGUCUCGCACGCGUUUUGCAAGUGCGACGGCCCAGAGAGAACAGGGACAUACUCAUCCCCCCCUUUCUACAGGGACAAGAGCAGUGCAAAUGUCGUCCUACUACUCCCUCCUCCUGUGGAUCGGCGUCCCCUUCCUCUUCAACAAGGCCCGCGCCUUGUUCUCCGCCUCAAAGGCUCCGCAACGCCCUCCCCGCCGCCCGCGAUCUCGCGCAGACCACCUCUCCACAGCCCUCCUCAUCUUCCUCGCAGUAACCCACCUCGUCCUCUCCGUCCGGCCGCAACCCAACUUGCUACAGGAUAUCGGGGUUGGCCCGGAUGACAGUGUGUUUAAGAUCCGGACGGCUAUGCGGGAGUAUAUGCGGAGGGAGUUUCAGGAGGAUUGGGUGGAGGGCAUGAAUGGGCAUGCGAACACCCAUGCGGACGGGACAACCGCCGACCCAUCAGAGAGCAACGAGGCCCACCCGCGCGCACAAGAAAUAGCCGCCCUCACUCACCUCUACGACCGGCUCAAAUCCUCCUCCGACCGCCGCCGCAUCUACCUCCGCACCGGCCACACCGCCCACACCGAAUGCACCUGGUGCCUCGACUCCCCCGACUACACCCGCUACAUGCUCCCGCUCGUCGGCUCCUCCUACGCCGGCAUGCUCUUCUUCCUCGGCCUGUCCACCCACGUGUGGCGCAAACGCCGCUGGCGCAUCUACGGCGCUAUCUACCUCGCCACCACCGCGGCCGUCGACGCCUACCUCCUCCUCGUCCUCGACGGGGGGGACACCAAUACCACCUUCCCGCUCGUCGACAAGAAGACCGGCGUGGCUAUAUCACUGUACGACACGGUAGCGACGUGGCGACACUGGGCGUUUGCGAUCCUGUGUCUCCUUGCGUGUGUCGCGGAGCAGAGGGAGACGUGGACGGACAAGGACGUGGUCCGCGACGUGCUGGAGAAGCAGACGGUGGUGUACAACCGCGCGCAGGCGUACCGACUCGCCCGCGCCGCCACGCUGGCAGACACGAACCUCCGCCGCGGGUUCUUGGAGUACUACAAGGACCGCACGGCGUUGAAUGAGGCCAUCUGGAAGGAUCUGGAGUAUAAGGAAUCCCGCCAAAAAGCACUACAGAAAUACAACCUCCCCCAACUCAUGACCGACGCCGCAUACCUCUCCGACAACAUCCUCCAGACCGCCGUCAAUGAAGGCAUCCUACCCCCCGGCUCGUUCACGCCGUCGCUGAGUCUGAAUAACGAGGGCGAGGUGCAGUCUUCGUCGAACGAGGGGGAGGACGCGGACGAGGAGGAUGGAGCAGAGGAGAUUGAGCCGGCCAGCAGCGAUCCCGCACCGACAGCGCCGCGCCGGAGUGCAGGAGCAGUCACCCCAAACGCAACCGCACCCUUAACGGCCAUCGCGCCCGACGACACCGACACCGCGCUGGACCUGGAGGACGCCGCCGCCGGUGGGAGUCGGAGGAAUGCGUCGCCGGUAAAGAAGAGGAAGGCCGCGGCUGCGCGGAAGCGGAAGUGAAGUGGGGGGGGCUGUUGAUGCCGCUCCGUGCCCGUCGAGUCUUCCGGGGACGUGGAACUGCGAAAUCGCCACCUCCAUACCCGCGUCCGCUUCCAAUCCCUCCCUUGCACACGAUCCCAAAACCCCAUAUGAUUCCACGAGCGCCCCCCCCCCCCCCCCCCAAAAGAGUCUCAGCGGGGAAUGCAAGGGGGGAAUGCAGAGCGAGGUGGAAUGUGGGCGGUGAGAGGAAACGAGUGGCGCAUGGCUCCUUAACUGGAUCUGUGUGUG